CGUGAUGUAACGCUGACGUGUACUUCGAGCAGGAAGUGUGAAUGUUGCGUCGUCGUUUAGUAAAGCUGAACAUAGUAAUUCGGCGUUAUUAAACAACCAUUUGUUGUUAUUUUUGUGGUCGGAAGGUUCUUAGAACAACGUGACGAUGGCAGGAGCGUCAAUGAUAGGUUCUAUGAUCCUUGCUCUGUUCUUGGCUGGUUAUUUGGGACAGCAGUACUUACCUCCACCCAAGCCCAGAGUGAUCGGCCUGGACCUGGGCACCACAUUUUGCUCCGUAGGCGUGUUCCACCCGGGCACCGGAGAGGUUGAGGUGAUAGCAGACGAGGAGGGCAGAAAGAGCAUCCCGAGCGCCGUCUCCUUCACCAACACAACGGUGCUGGCCGGGCACGACGCGGUGGACGUGGCCGACAUCAACCCCCGUAACACCAUCUACGACGCUAAACGGUUCAUCGGGAAAAUAUUUGAUCCGCGAUUGCUGGAACAGGAAAGCAGUCGCUACCCUUUCAAGGUGACCUCCAACAAUGGCAGUGCUGAGUUUGUGAUCACAACCAACGUCACAUUCACGGUGACUCCGGAGUUUAUCGGCUCUCGUCUGUUGCUGAAGAUGAGGAAGAUGGCUGAGCAGCGCCUGGGGAUGCUUGUCCACAACGCUGUCAUCUCUGUGCCUGCUGAGUUUGACGAAAGGCAGAGGGAGUACACCGUCAGAGCCGCCAACCUUGCUGGCUUGGCAAUCUUGCGUGUGAUCAAUGAGCCGACAGCGGCAGCUAUGGCGUAUGGCCUACACAAGGUUGAUGUCUUCAGCGUGCUGGUGGUUGACCUCGGUGGAGGAACCCUGGACGUUUCUCUGCUCAACAAACAGGGCGGCAUGUUCUUCACCAGAGCCAUGGCCGGAAACAACAAACUUGGCGGUCAAGACUUCAGCCAGCGGCUACUCCAGUACACCGCAGAGCGAGUUCGACAAGAGUUUGGCGUGGUACCCACACUGAAAGAGGACCUUCAUCGUCUCCGUCAGGCUGUGGAAGCAGCAAAACUCAACCUCACCCUCCACCCCAGCGCCACCAUCAGGGUGCCGCUGCACCUGCACACCCACGUUGACUCGUCCCCUGAGCCGGUGGUUUUUCAGGCUGUGCUCACGCGACAACUGUUCGAAGAGCUCAACGAGGACCUCUUUCAAAAGAUCCUGGCCCCCGUGGAGACCGUGCUCGCCGAGGGCCACCUGGACAAAGGCGAAGUGGACGAGAUCGUGCUAGUGGGCGGCUCCACCAGGAUUCCUCGGAUCCGAAGGCUCAUUUCCGAGUACUUUGGCAAGGACCCCAACACUUCAGUGGACCCUGAUCUGGCCGUGGUGACGGGCGUGGCGCUCCAGGCGGGCAUCAUGGGUGGGUCGUGGCCCUUACUAGUCAGCGCAAUCGAAAUCCCUAACAGACAUCUUCAUAAGACCAACUUCAACUAGUUUAACAUCCGGGACAAGCUAGAGACUGCCUGAAUGUACUGUGACUGAGCCUCUGAGAAUUAGUGCAUACAGACGCACAGCAUUGUCUAAGGUUGAAUUAAACCUUUAUUUAAACCAGUGUUCAAGUAAAAAAAUAUCUUCAAUUGCUUUCUACACAUAACUUGAAAAUGACAAAAAUGAAGUUAACGCACGUUAGUUCUCAGUGGCUCAGUUACACAUAAUGAAGCAGACUUUUAUUUGUUUGGUCAACAACCAGUCCAAGUGAUUCUUGGGGGAUGCAAAGGCCAAAUAGCACUUUGUUACGCUGGACCAAAGAGAAGAAUCUCAGGAAUUGGAAAGUCUUGGCUCAGGGGAACUGCAAUGUUGUAGGUUAACGGCCCGCUAGGGAUAUUGGGAACUACUUACUGUCACAUUAAUAUAAGUUUAAUUUAAUGGACAAAAAAAAAAAAAAAAACUACUGUAUGUGCUUUACUGUUUAAGUGAAAUGUGCCUGUGAUGAACACAACCAAAAUGUGUUACAGUGGACAGUAUUUUGCCAUGUUUCUAAUUAUUAGGUGGCAGCGGGUCUGCCUCGCAGUUCUGGUGAUUUAGAAGUUCAAAUCUUGGCUCUGGCCAUCCACUGUGGAGUUUGCAUGUUCUCCUUCCUCUUGUGGGUUUGCGUGAGGUAUUCAGGCUUCCUCCCACAUUCCAAAAACAUGCAUGUUACAUUCAUUGAAGACUAAAUUCCCCAUACUGUAGGUGUGAACAGCUGUCUAAGUUGCUUGUCACUUAAACAGAUACAACUAAGCAUAAGGGGGCAUACAUGUUUACUUUUUAUUCUCCUACCUAAUUGAAUAUUCUUUCCGGGGUACUGCUCGUAUCAAAUGUUCAAUAUUUUAUCAGAUGCUUUUGAUUAUUUUUCAUGAAUUAACCCUGUUCUAUAACCCCACGCCCCUCAAAUAUUAAACUUGUUGGUGAGCACUUAUACAGGUUGCCUGGAUGAAACAUUUCCAAUGUGUUUUGUUACUUAUAAGGACAUUACAGAUUCAAACCAUCUCAAAUGCCCUUUAAAAUAAUAAAAAUAAAGCCUCUGGGGCAUAGUGGUCACUACAGUGGGCAGCUACUGAGACGUACCAUUCUCUUUAAAGCAACACUUUGUAGCUUUUCAGUUUGGUCGAUUUUAGCGACGCCAGUAGACAAAAGCGGUAGUGUUUUUGCCUUAAGGGAGACUGUGUUUCCCAUGAGGAUGAGUGCACACCCGAACAGUGUUGUAAAAUCAUCAAUCAAAAAUCCAUCGCCCAACAUUUUAUGUUUCCAGUGGCUGCGUGAAGGACUAAUAAUAAUGUAAUGAAUCCAGUUGUGGCAAAACAAUAGCAUAUGACGGUUAGCAACCAUGUGGCCAAACCCCUCACCCCAACUUGUCAGCGCUGAUGAGUUCGCUAGCGAGUGAAAGCCAAGCCAAUGUUUUUUUCUGAAUGUCCUGAUAGCCUCUUUUUUUUUUUUUUUUUGCCUGGCACGGCAAGACUGUUCUUGUGUUUUUCAAACACUGAGAGAAUAGUCUGGGACCCAGCCCAUUAACGACCUCUCGAGCAAGUACAAAAUCAAUCGACAAAUCAGAUUCAUUUAUUUGCGUGACGUGUUCUUAACGAGCAACGUCACUGUUCCGCGUCGGAAGUCGUCUCCACAGCACAGAUGGCGAACAGGAGAGCUGAGAAUAUGUUCCAAUCCACGGUAAAAUCAGUUUUAAAUUACCAAAAACACAUCGACACAAGUCAUUGACAACAGUCUGUCUCGCGCUAGCCAUGUUGAAUAAACUCCGCUCUCAUAUGUUUACUUCCGCGCGCAAGUCCCUCGUCCCGCCCGUCGCUGAUUGGUCCACUCCGCUGUCUGUUUGCUGUGGCUUGCUCCACCCUGGAAAUUUUAUCCGCUUAAUGGUGGCCAGACUCAAUAGCUAGAACAGCGGUGAGUCUGGAGUACCAGGCUACUGCCCCCCCCCCCAUACUAAACAUUUUCUCUCUUGUUGCUCUGCCAUCUUUGCGGCAUUCGCGCAAAAGCGUUCACGACUUCAGGCUUUAUAAUGAAUGGUGAAAGGGGGAAGUGACGUAUACUGGAAAGCAGUCGCCCGUUUGUAGUCUUUUUUUGUGUGGCAGGAUUCCUGCCACCCUCGUCAAAGUUAAUUGGUGCCAGUGAAAACGAUACAGACCCCGUCAAGAUGUAAAAGAGGUGUCAUUCAACUAGUUGUCAGUCGACAUAUCACACAUGUAAAAAUAUUUUAUAAAGGUUGAAAAGUUACCUAGUGUUGCUUUCAUGCAUUUGUUUCCAUGGUUUAACUGCAUAGCAACCUCAAGAGUGUGCUCUGCUGCCAUACUCUUUUAAGAUCAAUUUAGUGGUUAGUUGAUGUAACUGCAAGCAAAUAUCCUCUGAAUCCAAGAUAGCCGACAACUUGCCACCCGUGUCGACUACGACUCGCAUAUCCUGUCAAUACGUCUAUGCCCAAAGAGCUACAGUAGUAAAAAAAAAAAAAAAAAAAAAAUGAUAUACAGUAACAUCUAGGGAAAGAUAAUAUCUGCUUGGGAUAUGAAAUAUUUCAGUAUAAUAUAUAGAAAUGUAUGAUUACCAUGUGUCCAAUGAUGUUGACAUCAUGCAUCCCCCAGUACUAGUCCUCAAAAAAUUAGCAUAUUGUGAUAAAAUUCAUUAUUUUCUGUAAUGUACUAAUAAAUAUUAGACUUUCAUAUAUUUUAGAUUCAUUACACACAACUCAAGUAGUUCAAGCCUUUGGGUGUUUUAAUAUUGAUGACUUUGGCAAAAAAGUCCAGAAAAAACAAAAAUCCCUAUCUCGAAAAAUUAGCAUAUUUCAUCCGACCAAUACAAAAAAAGUGUUUUUUAAUACAAAAAAAAAAAAAGUCAACCUUCAAUUAAUUAUAUCAGCUAUGCACUCAAUACUUGGUCGGGAAUCCUUUUGCAGAAAUGACUGCUUCAAUGCGGCGUGGCAUGGAGGCAAUUAGCCUGUGGCACUGCUGAGGUGUUAUUGAGGCCCAGGGUGCUUCGAUAGCGGCCUUAAGCUCAUCCACAGUGUUGGGUCUGGUGUCUCUCAACUUCCUCUUCACAAUAUCCCACUGAUUCGCUAUGGGGUUCAGGGCAGGAGAGUUUGCAGGCCAAUUGAGCACAGUAAUGCCAUGGUCAGUAAGGCAGGGCAAGGCAAAUUUAUUUAUAUAGCACAAUUCAACACAAGGCAAUUCAAAGUGCUUUACAUCACAUGAAGAUCAUAAAAAUCACAUUUAAAUCAAUACAACGUAAAAACCAAGACAAAAGAUCGCAUUUAAUCACAAAUAGAAUAAAAACAAAUAAAUAAAAAUAAAACAAAAAUAUAACAAAAACUACUACUAAUAAUAAUGAUUGAAAUCAGCAAUGGAGAUAAGCACAAGAGGAAUAGAAAGCAGGUAGAUUGAAAUAUAUAGCCAGUUAUGGAUAUGCAGUGCUAAACAAAAGCGUUUUUAGCCCUGAUUUAAAAGAGCUAACAGUUUGAGCAUACUUCAGACGUUCGGGUAACUUGUUCCAGAGGUGAGGAGCAUAAUAACAAAAUGCUGCCUCACCCUGCUUGGUUCUUGGAAUAUGCAGAAGACCCGUUCCAGACGACCUUAGGGGUCUAGAUGUCUCAUAGGAAUCUAACAAGUCAAGCAUGUAUUUUGGUCCGAGGCCAUUAAGUGUUUUGUAGACGAGCAGUAGUAUUUUAUAGUCUAUCCUUUGACUCACUGGAAGCCAGUGUAGCGAUUUGAAAACCGGUGUGAUGUGGUCCAGCUUCCUUGUAUUUGUGAGGACUCUGGCUGCAGCAUUCUGUACUAGCUGCAGCUUCCUGACUGAUUUUUUAUCAAGACCCGUAAAUAUACCAUUUCAAUAGUCCAAUCUGCUGAAAAUGAAUGCAUGCAUAAGUUUUUCCAUGUCUUGUUGAGUCAGAAGCCCCUUAAUUCUGGUUAUAUUUUUUAGGUGGUAAUAAGCGGAUUUAGUGACAGACUUUAGAUGGCUAUCAAAUUUUAAGUCUGAGUCAAUAAUUACGCCAAGGUUUCUGACUUGAUUUGUAGCUGUAAGUGACAUUGUGCUAAGUUGGCUGCUUAUCUUUGACCUUUCCUUUUUUGGCCCAAAAAUGAUCACCUCUGUCUUCUCCACAUUUAACUGGAGAAAAUUCUGGCACAUCCAUUCAAUGAUUUGAUGAAUGCAUUUACUCAGGGAGACUAAGUGUAUGGGGAAAAACCCCUGUGACCUUUUUGUGACCCGCACUGGUUCCACCAUUAUUCAAUGCACGUAUAUAUAACGAAGUAUAUAUAUAACAAAGUACGACUGUGUACUAAAGCACCAUGGGUUCCUUCCUUAUUCCAUCAUUGUUAAAGCGCCUAACCAUGAUUGGACACGACAAUAAAGAGCCUAACUAUGAUUGGACAGGCAGUGUGUCGCCUGAGAUCAGGGGUUGGCCCCCUGUUCCCACGUGACCUAUGCAUAUAAAAAGCCUGAUCCCGGACCACACUUUAGGGUCGGUUGUAGGACUUCACGCGUAGUCGCUCGCCCGGAGUUUCCUUUGCUCAAACCAGGAACGUUGUGUGGCCCUCCGUUCAUUGUCGACACGGUAAGAGCUUGAUUUCAAUAUCAUAAAGGAACUCAUUGCGCUUUGGUGUUAAGAUAUCUGUGUUAGCUUCGACAACUAAUCCAUAUCUAGCGCCAUGGUAAUGUGUAACUGAUAUGCUGAACCGUUAACUGCUUUGUGUAGCUGACUGAACUGAUAACUGAUAUGUUGAACCGUUAACUGCUUUGUGUAGCUGACUGAACUGAUAACUGAUAUGCUGAACCGUUAACUGCUUUGUGUAGUUGCCUGAACUGAUAUGUGUAACCGUUAACUGUCGAGUUUUGUCUUUGCUUGCUUUUGUGGGACUGUAAUCGAUUAAGCUUUAAUUUCUCCUGUUAUCCUAAUCGUAAUCUAUUCUUCCUACUUCGCAAGAGUUACAAUUCAGACCUAGCGGUGUUGUAAUUCUUGAUUUCGUUUCUGCUUGCUUUUGUGGGAUUGUAAUCAAUUAAGCCUCAUUUAUUCAUUUCAUUUACAAUUUCUAUUCAAUAAACAUUGCUAAUAAGCAAAAGUGUGCCUGUUAUUCUACUCACUGCGAACCUGUUACGAAGUUUCUUUCAUCUUCCAUGAAAGUGUGAUCUCGAUCACUUCGUAUAAAAAACUGAUUAUACGAAAUUUGCUUGUUUGACGCUGCAAUUGAUUAUGAGCAGUGUCAGGGUUAUUUUCGACAUUUUAGCUAUCUCGAAAUUGUUGCUGAUAAUUUCGUAAAACAUUUUGGCGUUGUCGGCAGGAUCAAAGUAUUUUGAUUUGAUAAAUACUGAGUGAGACGUAACAGAAUAGCGAUGUUUAAGAAAUUGUGGAAGUGUGAUGUGAAAGAAGCUGAGGAGUCGAUCGAUAGGGUGGUCGUAGCUCCUGCUUGGGAAAAAGAACCUUGGAAUGGAAUUGCGUCGUGUUUGCGCGGAUGCGGUGAUCGUCCCGAUACGUGGAUUCGUUAGGGGAUUGUACUACACACGAUGUCAGAUAUCUGUGGAUUUGUGUUGACCGUUAGUUUGUCAUUGAGCUCAAAUUGUAUGUUUUUAUGUUUGGUCUGGUGUGAGCCACUGGUACAAUGUAUGAUGACUUUGAUUUGUACUGGUAGAAUAUAUGACGACUUUGACUUGUAUGACUUAUUUGUACGUCUUUGAUUUGUAGGACUUUGAUUUGUACUGGUAGAAUGUAUGACGACUUUGAUUUGUAAAACAUUGAUUUGUACUGGUAGAAUAUAUGAUGACUUUGUAUUUGAAACUGUGCUGUCUUGUAUGAUAAGUCAUUGGAGAUGGUUGUUGUUGUGAGACUGAAUGUGAGGCUGCGUUGCGUCAUGAUUUUUUUUUGAGAGGCUCAGGCGUAAAUAGCUGACCUGUUUAUUCCGUGUGGAUAAUUGUAGUUAUUGUCGCGUAACUGAUUAUGACUUGUUGUGUGGGAUCGUGUGUGAAUAGCUGACCGUUUAUUGUGUGACCAUUUAUUGCGUAUAUGGCUGAUCGUUUAUUGCGCAAUAUCGGGAAAAACGUAGAUGUUUUUCAACAUGAGUAGUGCAGCCCUUCGGUGGCCCCUAUUUGCAACAUGGGGUCCUCGACGGCAUCUGCUGGGUUUUUGCCCAAAUUGAUUAUAAGGGGAGGUUGUGAUUGCAGCUGUGAAUAUUCCAGCCUUUCCCUUAUACAAAUGCCUGAGGUGAGGAGUGUGCAUGCCAGCAUCUGCCUGAUCAACAGAUGAUGGUAUUCCAGUUCCCGCCCAGAAGCUCAAACAACCAGGAUUAUUGAUAGUGUUGACAAAUUAUGUUAAUGGGAACAGUGAUAAAGUGAUUAUUCUGUAACAGUUGAGGUGUGGUAUUGGCAACUUAAGGGUUAAUCACUGUCAUGAAUUGCUUUAUCGAUAACUUGAAUUUGACAUGAGUUACCUUAUUGGUAAUUUGAAUUUAAUUGAAGCUGUAACAAUUGAAGUGUGGUAUUGGCAACUUAAGGGUUAAUAAUGUACGCUCACUGUCAUGAAUUGAACUUGAAUUUGACAUGAGUUGAUUUAUUGGUAAUUUGAAUCCAAAAUUUGUUCUUAAGGAAUUGAGGAUGCUAAAUAUUGUUUAGGCUUAUGGCUUUUGGAUCACAUGCUGAUGGAAUUUGGCUGUCUUUGUUCGGCUGUGACCUCAGUGGCUAAUAGACAUUUCUAGAUUUCGUCCUCACGCGAAUUGAUUGCUAUAACGAGUUUGACUACGAUUUUGACUUUUCGAUGUUAGCCAUUGAAACGAGCACUUUAAUUCCCGCGAUACCUAAAGUAGUUUCAACUGGACUAGGACUUAGACGUCCCAAGGGACACUACGGGCACACUUUACCUAGGUCUGGAUUGUCACUUAAAGGGGUAACUAUACGUGCGGGGGUGAUAGAUGCAGAUUAUCAAGGCGAAUUGGGAGUUGUAAUGUACAAUUUGACUUCCGACAUUCAUUGCAAAAUCGGGCGAUAAGAUCACUCAAUUAGUGGUAAAACCAUGCCUUUUUGACACGACAAUUGAGAUUGAACCGCCCACUGUAGUUAUCACUAGAGGGCGAGAUGGUUUUGGUUCCACUGACCAACCAAGAGCCAAAAUAUGGGUGAGACAAGAAAAUGGGCCUACGCGGCCUGCUGAUAGCACAAGGGAACGAUCAGGUGGUUACUGUGCUAUAUUCUGGGGAAACUGAAUGGGCGAAUGUUCCCAUAAAAAAAUGUUACCUGGGGGAAAAUUGACAACAUUUAGCAAGAGAAUGUGAAUGGGGUGUAGGUUCAACUCCCCCUUGCAAUUGGACGACUGCCAAAAGAUAUCUAUUCAGGGGAAUAGAUCAUCGAAAUGGACAAACUUCGGAGCGCCCAAUCUUUGUCCAGUCCGAAGCGUUUUCUUUUUCAGCUUGGUGACUGAUGUGGAGACGGUGGAUUGGAACACCUGCGGGAAGAUCGCAGCGGUGCUGCGUUCCUCCGCAUCGAAGGUGGUGUCGGAUCCUGGGCCACCAUCCUCUGUGCUAUGGUGGAGGAAGAACGUCGACUCUCUGGGGAGUCCAUUGCGGUUUCUGGCGAUGGGGACGUGUCCUGCCAGAGGGAGGCUGCAGGAUACUUAACAUGAAAUGACGGAAAGAAAGGUUCCUAACGUCGACUUUCUGGGGAGUCCAUUGCGGUUUCUGGCGAUACCGACUCUCUGGAGAGCUCAUUGCGGUUUCUGGCGAUGGAGACGUUCCUGCCAGAGGGAGGCUGCAAGGUAGACAUCACAUCUCCCUGCUCCUUAUAUAGAAGAGCCGAUCCAAUCGGAAAUGCUGUUUUAAUGCAUUGAAUAUGACUGUGUGUAAUUUACAGAUACUUAACAUGAAAUUACAGAAAGAAAGGUUCCUAAGGGUGGUCAACUGUAACUGAACCCUUAUUAGUUUGCAGAUAUCAUGUUUUGCCUGUAAUUACGAUUAAUGCUUAUUAUUUUGUGAGACCUCAAGGGGAAUGGUUUAGCCCACAAACCAAUCCUACUUAUGACCUAAGCGGAUGCGACACAUCGGAUAAAGGUAUGACAUGUAUGAAACUAGUCAUGUAUCCAGAAGCAUGUUUUAACGCGACACAGGAUUGGUACUAUGAAACCAUUUUCGGAUUGUCUUGACAAUGUGGAGUUUUUCAUUUGGAAUAACCAGACCUAUAAAUUGCACUAAGGUUCUAGGUGGUACUGCCCCCAGCAUUCCCACUGCAAAAAUCUCUUGCAACACCCCAAUAUUCUUGAUUAUGCAGAGGGUCAUAUAGAAAAAAAAAGAGACGCUCGAGACUCCCCAGCGGCCGAAGGGCCGUCUGGGAAGUAUGUGACAUAGGAAAUGCUCGAGACUCCCCAGCGGCCGACGGGGCGUCUAGGAGGUACUUGUGACACGCUUCCCACGUAGGUAUGGAAGGCUGGAGAGUCAAGGACGGGUAAGAUCCCUCUAAAACCUGGGACAACCUGGAGGCCCAGUCACGAUUACCUGGCACACCUCCUGACUAUAACAGGCGGGUAUGGAAGGCUGGAUAGCCCAGGACGGGUAAGAUCCCUCCUCCUAACCCAGGGACAACCUAAGGCAGGCACAGUCACGAUUACCCGACCUCAGUCCCCUGCUGCGUGUGCGGCCUGGUACCGCCAGUGCAGAUGGAGGAACAGGGACUGGACAGGAGAAUUACAUUGACCCGCUGGUACGUCAUCGAAACAGAUGAGUUUGAUUACCGAUGAGGCAUUAACAACUGCUCACCGGAAAUUGGCUGCGCAGUGGGGGAGCUGGGCCCAGUUCGUUUUGAAACCAUUGUAUUUUAGCGAUUGAGGAACACAGGUCUAAUGUUUCCAAGCUUAAAGUGUCCACAUUGAUAGCCAAAAACGAAGUGGUACAUGCAGCCAAGGAAAUUGAGCAGGAGUCUGCUCAUCAUUGGUGGGAUAUAUUUACCGGGAUGUCUAUGACAGCAAGACAACAUUUCAUACCUCCGAUGUUUAUAUGUAAUCAUUGUAUAGACUAUACUCUCUGUUUUGAAUGUAUGUGUUUUUUGUUAUGUCCGAAAGGUAAAGCGGUCGUUAACUAAGAAGAUGCAUAAUUUAGAGAAUGAUAAUUGGGAACAAUAUAUUGAGGGAUUGAUUAAUUAGGAAGUUAAUGAUGGACCCAAUCCGGGUCAAAGGGUGGAAUGUAUGGGGAAAAACCCCUGUGACCUUUUUGUGACCCGCACUGGUUCCACCAUUAUUCAAUGCACGUAUAUAUAACGAAGUAUAUAUAUAACAAAGUACGACUGUGUACUAAAGCACCAUGGGUUCCUUCCUUAUUCCAUCAUUGUUAAAGCGCCUAACCAUGAUUGGACAGGCAGUGUGUCGCCUGAGAUCAGGGGUUGGCCCCCUGUUCCCACGUGACCUAUGCAUAUAAAAAGCCUGAUCCCGGACCACACUUUAGGGUCGGUUGUAGGACUUCACGCGUAGUCGCUCGCCCGGAGUUUCCUUUGCUCAAACCAGGAACGUUGUGUGGCCCUCCGUUCAUUGUCGACACGGUAAGAGCUUGAUUUCAAUAUCAUAAAGGAACUCAUUGCGCUUUGGUGUUAAGAUAUCUGUGUUAGCUUCGACAACUAAUCCAUAUCUAGCGCCAUGGUAAUGUGUAACUGAUAUGCUGAACCGUUAACUGCUUUGUGUAGCUGACUGAACUGAUAACUGAUAUGCUGAACCGUUAACUGCUUUGUGUAACCGUUAACUGUCGAGUUUUGUCUUUGCUUGCUUUUGUGGGACUGUAAUCGAUUAAGCUUUAAUUUCUCCUGUUAUCCUAAUCGUAAUCUAUUCUUCCUACUUCGCAAGAGUUACAAUUCAGACCUAGCGGUGUUGUAAUUCUUGAUUUCGUUUCUGCUUGCUUUUGUGGGAUUGUAAUCAAUUAAGCUUCAUUUAUUCAUUUCAUUUACAAUUUCUAUUCAAUAAACAUUGCUAAUAAGCAAAA